AUGCAGUGCCUACACCACACCGCGCCGCUGCCGCGCGCCGCACGCAGCGGCGGCGCGGCCCGCGCCCUGGCCGGCGCCGCUCGGCCCGCCGUGCUGCCUGGCGCGCGAAGCCAUGUCGCGGUGGCGCUCGGCGCUGUACGCCAGCAGCGGCCCAUCCGCCUCGUGGCGAGCUGCUCGUCCGCGACAGAAC